GUCGGCCGUGCGGGGUCUCGGCGUCGGCGGCGCGCGCGCUCCCUCCUCUCGGAGAGAGGGCUGUGGUAAAAGCCGUCCGGAAAAUGGCCGCCGCCGCCGCUGCCGCGCCGAGCGGAGGAGGAGGAGGAGGCGAGGAGGAGAGACUGGAAGAAAAGUCAGAAGACCAGGAUCUCCAGGGCCUCAAGGACAAACCCCUGAAGUAUAAAAAGGUGAAGAAGGAUAAGAAAGAAGAUAAAGAGGGCAAGCAUGAGUCCCUGCAGCCACCAGCCCACCACUCAGCUGAACCAGCAGAGGCAGGCAAAGCGGAGACCUCAGAAGGGUCGGGCUCAGCCCCAGCCGCCCCAGAAGCUUCUGCCUCCCCCAAACAGCGGCGCUCCAUCAUUCGUGACAGGGGACCCAUGUAUGAUGACCCCACUCUGCCUGAAGGUUGGACCCGAAAGCUUAAGCAAAGGAAAUCUGGCCGCUCCGCUGGGAAGUAUGAUGUGUAUUUAAUCAAUCCCCAGGGAAAAGCCUUUCGCUCUAAAGUGGAAUUGAUUGCAUACUUCGAAAAGGUAGGCGACACCUCCCUGGACCCUAAUGAUUUUGACUUCACGGUAACUGGGAGAGGGAGCCCCUCCCGGCGAGAGCAGAAACCACCUAAGAAGCCCAAAUCUCCCAAAGCUCCAGGAACUGGCAGAGGUCGGGGACGCCCCAAAGGAAGUGGCACUGCAAGACCCAAGGCAGCGUCAUCAGAAGGCAUGCAGGUGAAAAGGGUCCUGGAGAAAAGUCCUGGAAAGCUGCUCGUCAAAAUGCCCUUUCAAGGUUCACCUGGGAGCAAGGCCGAAGGGGGUGGGGCCACCACAUCAACCCAGGUGAUGGUCAUCAAACGUCCAGGCAGGAAGCGAAAAGCCGAGGCUGAUCCCCAGGCCAUUCCCAAGAAACGGGGUCGGAAGCCUGGCAGCGUGGUGGCAGCUGCUGCCGCUGAAGCCAAGAAGAAAGCCGUGAAGGAAUCUUCCAUCCGGUCUGUGCAGGAGACUGUGCUGCCCAUCAAGAAGCGCAAGACCCGGGAGACGGUCAGCAUCGAAGUGAAGGAGGUGGUGAAGCCCCUACUGGUGUCCACUCUUGGUGAGAAGAGCGGAAAGGGACUGAAGACUUGCAAGAGCCCUGGGCGGAAAAGCAAAGAGAGCAGCCCCAAAGGGCGCAGCAGCAGCAGCAGCACCUCCUCCCCCCCCAAGAAGGAGCACCACCACCAUCACCACCACCCGGAGCCCCAGAAGGCACCCGCACCGCUGCUCCCACCCCCUCCCCCGCCCCCACCUGAGCCCCAGGGCUCUGAGGACCCCGCCAGCACCCCUGAGCCCCAGGACUUGAGCAGCAGCGUCUGCAAAGAGGAGAAGAUGCCGAGAGGAGGCUCGCUGGAGAGUGACGGCUGCCCCAAGGAGCCAGCUAAGACUCAGCCUCCGGUCGCAACCGCCGCCACGGCCACGGAAAAGUACAAACACCGAGGGGAGGGAGAGCGCAAAGACAUUGUCUCAUCCUCCAUGCCAAGGCCAAACAGAGAGGAGCCUGUGGACAGCCGGACGCCCGUGACCGAGAGAGUGAGCUGACUUUACACAAAGUGGAUUGCAAAGCAAACCAACAAGAAUAAAGGCAGCUGUUGUCUCUUCUCCUUAUGGGUAGGGCUCUGACAAAGCUUCCCAAUUAACUGAAAUAAAAAAUAUUUUUUUUUCUUUCAGUAAACUUAGAGUUUCGUGGCUUCAGGGUGGGAGUAGUUGGAGCAUUGGGGAUGUUUUUCUUACCGACAAGCACAGUCAGGUUGAAGACCUAACCAGGGCCAGAAGUAGCUUUGCACUUUUCUAAACUAGGCUCCUUCAACAAGGCUUGCUGCAGAUACUACUGACCAGACAAGCUGUUGACCAGGCUUCUUAGGGUACGCCUGCACCUCCCCUCCCUUCCACACCUCCCCCCCAGUGUGGUCAUGAGGGACAGAGAGCAGUUGAGACGACACGCCCAUUUUCGCUGCCAUUGGUACCCCAGUCACAGCUCUCCUCUCCCUUCACCCUGCCCUGCCUCCAGCUCCCCCACUCCUACCCAUACUGGGACAAGGAGGUGUGAGGCCAGAGAGACAGAUUCUUUAGAAAGAUGGAGAUGGCCAGUGGCUACAGCCCAUGUGAUCCCACCCAAAAUGGCACGGAUCUGGCCCCACACCAGCCCCAUCCAAAACCGACAAGGACAUUUCACAGGACAGGGAAGUAGCACCUGUGCACUCCAGUGCUGGCAUGGCUGGGAGGGAGUUGUCCUUUGAGCUGCUGGGUGUAGUCUGGCCUAAGCCACAGGAGAGUAUGGCCCACAGCCGUCCUCCAGUGGGUGGCGCUAGAGAGAAACCGUGGAGGCAGCAGGAUGUAGCCGGCCCUCUGGCCAGCCAAACACGCAGGGGACCGGAGGGAUUCCUAGUCGCUCUGAGCAGUCUGUAACUGGUAGUGACAGGUACAGUGAACAGGGCCAGGGGUAGGGGUAGGGGGCCAAGGGGAAAGAGGGAAAAAUGUUCUUCCAAAACUUUCCAAUUCUACUCCUUUAGGGACAGCUUAGAACUAUUUGCACUAUUUGAGUCUUCAUGUUCCCACUUCAAAACAAACAUGCUUUGAGAGCAAACGGGCUUGAGUCGGCAACACUUUGUCUGUCAAGGCACAGACAUGACAGUGUUUAGAACUACCUGGAUAUGUACAUACCUGCGCUUGUUUUAAAGUGGGCUUAGCACAUAGGGUUCCCACGAAGCUCCGAAACUCUAAGUGUUUGCUGCAAUUUUAUAAGGACUUCCUGAUUGGUUUCUCUUCUGUCCCAUUUCCUCUUCUUUCAUUUCAUCUUUUCAUUUCUCCCUUCUUCCUCCUCGUUCAUCCCUUCUGUUCCAGGCAGCCGAGUGCCCCACUAUACCCCAAGCUGAUGCUGGUCAGCUCAGGCCCCCAGAACUCACCCGCCUCUGGCCUUCUGGCUGCCAGCCCCACCCCAUUCCUAGCCCUGAGGAAGCGCCUGGCUCUGCUGAGUCUGCCUGGCCUUACCACCUUGGCCUCUCUGAAGGGGAAGAGAGCAGCAAGGUCUUCCUCUCCUAGGGACCCCCCCAUCCCUGGUCAGACCCCAGAUUCUGGGCCUUCCCAACUUUUCACUUGAGAGAAGCAGGUGGGAGAAGUUGGAUGGGAUGUGGAUUUGGGAGCCUAGGGCAGCAUAGAGGCCUCUCUGGCCUAUCAGAAUUAUCAAAUGACCCAGCCCUGACCUUGGCCUUUGCCAGGCCCCACUAGCACAGUCCAUUGAGACAGGGCAGCAGGUAGAACGAAUGCAGAUGCCCCCAGCCCUAAGCUGGGACCAGCGCCUAGCCCCCUGCCCCGCCCCUCUGUUCCUCCUCUACCUAGGAGGGGUUCUUUGCUGACAGGAGAGGUUUGGCUUCCCCUUGCUGGAGGCUGGGUGGGGCCAGCACAUACACAUCUCCACAUCCUCGCCCGCCUGGAAUAUGGGGUGGGGACUUCGAGGCUUGGGCUUCCCGUAGUGUGUUAACUGAUGAGUUUUCCAUCCUCCGUUCAGGAAGUCCUUAUCUAGCUGCAUACCUUCAUCAUAUUGGUAUAUCCUUUUCUGUGUUUACAGAGACGUCUCUUAUAUCUAAAUCUGUCCAACUGAGAAGUACCUUAUCAAAGUAGCAAAUGAGACAGCAGUCUUAUGCUUCCAGAAACACCCACAAGCACGUCCCAUGUGAGCUGCUGCCAUGAACUGUCAAGUGUGUGUUGUCUUGUGUAUUUCAGUUAUUGUCCCCUGGCUUCCUUACUGCAGUGUAACCAUGAAGGAGUGAAACAUUCUAGAAACUGUCUAACCCUUCCCUGCCAGUCCUUAGUGAUCAGGAACCAUAGUUGACAGUUCCAAUCAGUAGCUUAAGAAAAAAACGUGUCUGUCUCUUCCAGAAUGGUUAGAAGCAAGGGAGUUUGCCCCUUUGUUUGCAGUCAUAGUUGGCCUUUCUAGCAUUUUUGUAUCCAUUUCCUUAUGCUGCACAAGCAAGUCCCACAACCAAACCUGCUGUGCUGUCGACCCUCCAGGCUUCACUUCUGACUUCUCCCCAGAAAGGGAAGGGGGCUCAGAGGAGGGGGCAAGUCCUUCCAGACCCCUCUUCCUCCUAGGACAAAGGCUCCUGACCCUGCAGUGGCCUCGCAUUCCUGGCAGCUCCAGAGGAUGCCUAUAUCUGUACAAGCAUGGCGUACAGCCAGUUUGUCAUGGAGACGCCGUCCACUUUGGUCAGGUUUUUAUGCACAAUGCUUAGCCAGUGAAAGUGGCUCCUGAAACCAGUGUCAGGAGCUGGCCCCCCAUUGGCUCAGUCCCAUCUGGUCCUGGGGAGAGUGGUACAGGGCCCACCAUGCCCCUGCUUCACGCAGGACAGUUCAUUCAGAGGCUGACUGGGCAUUGUGGUCGAGAACACAGCAUUUUCAGGUGGUUUUUUCCAGCCCAGCCCGCCCUGCAGCCCAGUGGCUCCCCAGCUUCUUCCCCUAGGGUUCCAAAGCUGCAGGCGGCACCUGAGGCGCCUUACAGUCUUCUUUCUCUCCCUCUCCUUUCUUCCUCAUUCCCUCCUCUUUCCCAAAUAAAGGCAUAACAAGUGAGUCACCUUUAAGCAGGCCGUCUUGGUGGUUUGUCGCCCUGGCAGGCAGGUGCCCUGCAGCUCCCCGCCACCCCUCUCCUGGGGUCAGGUAGACAGGAGGUUGGAGGGAAAGCCUAAGCCACAGGAUUCUCUCAAGCUGUGUUUGGCCCAGUUUGGGGUGUGACCUCAAUUUUGUGUGUCCUUGUAUACUAUGAAAUUGGGGGGGGGGCAGCAUCUUUUAGGGACUGAAGAAUACAGGAAUUGGCCAACAGCUUUCAGAUAACCUGUGGGGCUAGGUCACAGUCACAUUCAGCCUCCCCGGCCCCCGUUCUAGUUGUUAGCUACUACCUCCUCUCCCAGCGCAAUUCUGUGUGUCCUUGAGCUCCCACCACACCUGGCCUGGCUCAGUCCUACCCAUUGGUGGGCUUGUCCCAACCAGUGGAAUUGCCCACCUUGACGCUGCAGUGCACUGGGGACACUGGGCCACCACCAGGCUCUAGUACAGCUCCCUUCUACUGGUGCUGUGUUCCCAUAUCAAAAUGCACAAGAGACAACUAGAAAUGCCAUGUUCCCCAGGCCACCAGUGCCAAACCAAGGAUCCCAGCCCCUUAGCUCCCAGGAAGCUGAAAGCCAAAGGGGUAGCCUUGGGGGUGCUGGCCCCAGGUGGGGUCUGGACACCCCAUGCAGGUGCAGGUAACAAGUUUGUUCAGUGGCAUCAUUCCAUGCUAGAGGUCACUAACAGUGGCAGUGGGACCCGGAGCAGCCCCAAGUUGUCACAUGCUGCUCCGCCCAGCUUGUCAUUACUGUGGCAGAGAUCAUGAAAGAGGGUACUAGCUGGCAACAAUGUUUGGUUGGAAAGGAGUUUACUUAGCUGAUGAGACUUCUGGAUUUUAAGUAAUUUAAUAAACAACUCAAGCCCCAGAGGGAGCAAAGGGUAUGAACUGAAUCCACCAGGGGAGGCCAACUGGACCUGGAGGAACCCAAGUGCAGUCUCGCAGCUGAGCUCUGCCCUUUUCUGGAACACCGGGGAGGUCACAGGUACUAGUUCUUGGAGGAGACCUUUGGCGCAUCCAUUCCUAGCCAGUGUCAUUGCCCCGGAUCGUUUCCUGAUGUAAGUUUCACACACUGAUUGUAGGAUCUACAGCCCAGACCUCAGGAAGUCAGCUGGGCCUAGAGCCCUGUGGGGGUUUGCCUAGCCAGCCCCCGAGUCCACUGAAGGUGGUGUAGGUGCUGGGGGGGAGCGGGGGGCAGGCUCCCUGCCCCUGGCCGCUGCCACACCCAAGGGCCCGCUCUGCUGUGCUCGCUGUGGGGGUUCCAUCUUUGCUCUUUUCAUCAGCAGACUCCACUCUAGUGGGUUUGUUCAGCCUCCAUUUUUGCUUUUUUUCUUUUAAGUAUUUUAUCAAUCUUCAGAAAAGGCAUAGUCAAUUGUUAACAAAUUGCUAGGAUACUGCCUCCCCCAGGGUCUAAAGUUACAUAUUAAAGGGGAAAAAGUGAAUGACUGAAACUUACUCUGAACAAUUCAGAAGGAAAACCUAGAAAACAUUUGACAGAAAAUAACAUUUUGCUGUUUCUGAAUGAAUAAGAGCAAGUUCUUGCAAAAACGCUGAUCAAAAAAUACCUGGAGCCUGACAGUGCCGCAGGUGAAAGGAGGUCCAGCCUGAAGCCAUUGGGUCUGAGACUUGGGGCCAUCUUGUCCCUGAGGAGCCUGUCGCUCCUUGGGUAGCAGUCCUUGAGGACUUGGCUGCCACCCUGUCCCGUGGGGUGGCCUGGAGGUUAUUGGCCUGCCUGAUCCCAAAGCUGCACGAGCCCAGCCCUUGGUGUGGGAAGCAGAGUGUCACCAGUGACUCCGGAGGCCUGUGACAUUCUCACCACCCAGCACUGCCUGUCAGGAAAAACAAUUUCUAACUAAGGCCCAGGCAUCUAGGGAGAAGAGGGUGAUGUCUCCCCCUGGAACAAUGGUUGCAGCCUGUCCCGAGGACACCCCUGCACUGCUCUCCGUGCAGCCUAGGGCUGGGACAAAUGUUACUUCCUCUGAAGUGUCGAGGUGGGGGCUGCCGCCUGAGUGCCGGCUAUGCUGUGAGUCCUGCCCCUGGGCCAGUGGGAGGAUAGUGCAGCAGGUGAAACCCUCCUGCAGGGGAAUCUGGCCUUGGAGUUUCAGAGCACUUGGGGAACUUGCCAAUUGCCUUUGCUCCCUUAGCUCCCCCUUUCUAUCUUACCUUUUCUCAGGUUGUGCUCAGCAGCGAGAGAGAACGAGAGGAAAAGGCCAAGAGCCUGGGCUGCUGCCCACGGGUAGUCCCUAUCCCUGCAGUGUUUGUGCGUCAAGUGACAAAGCUGUUCUUCCUGGUGACCCCGAUCAUAUCCGGUAUCUUACAGACUAUACACAUAGGCCUGCUCGGUCUCCUCUAUCUGGGCUUUUGUUUUGCUUUUUAGUUUUGCUUUUAGAUUUUCUGUCCCUUUUAUUUAAUGCACUGACUAGACACACAAAGCAGUUGAAUUUUUAUAUAUAUAUAUCUGUAUAUUGCACAACUAUAAACUCAUUUUGCUUGUGGCUCCACACGUAAAAAAAGACCUGUUAAAAUUAUACCUGUUGCUUAAUUACAAUAUUUCUGAUAACCAUAGCUUAGAACAAGAGAAAAUCAAAAAAAAAAAAACCACAAACACACACACACAAAAACGACAAGUCUGUCUGCUGGUCACUUCUUCUGUCCAAGCAGAACUGUGUUCUUUCCUCGCUUCUUUCAAGGGCUUCCCUGUGCCAAGCAAAGGAGGCUCCAGGUAGCAUCCGGGUUUCACAGUUUCUCCUGCGCUGGUGAGAGGACAGUUCACUGCAUCAGUGGGCACAAGAGCACUCCUGUGCCUGGCUAAGGCCAUGAUGUACUUGGUACUGUCUGGUCCCCUUGGACCUCUGGGUGGGGCGAUGAGAGUCCAUGGGGGGUGGCCCAACCCAAGCACAGCACCACCCCCUCCAGUGACUCGGGCAGAGUGGUCCCGUGUGGAGAGUUGGCUCAGCAGACCUCCCUAUCGGCAGGGCUCCCACCUCAGUGAGUCUGGGGGCUGGAGGGGAGAUGGGAAACCUGUGGCAUCCUUGAAUGUGUGAGCCACACCACAUGGAACACCGGGGACCCCAGAACCACGUGCAAGAGUCCAGUGGGUCUCCUCCAGGAGUAGUGAAGACUCCAGAAACAUACCUUCUCCCCCAUCCUACGAGUAAUUGCAUUUGCUUUUGUAAUUCUUAAUGAGCAAUAUCUGCUAGAGAGUUUAGCUGUAACAGUUCUUUUUGAUCUUUUUUUAAGUAAUUAAAAACACCAAAAAAAUGCAGAAACUUGUUCUUCCAAAGCAGAGAGCAUUAUAAUCACUGGGGCCAAAAGCUCCCCUCCCUGUGUCACUACUGAGGCCUGAACCAAAAGAAAAAUGCUUGUAGGCCCGUUGGUGGCCAGGCUAGCUGUGGGCCCCUCAGAGGACCUGGGCUGGGGGCCUCCAGGCCCACUCCAGCCUGCGUUCAGUAUUAGCACUGGGUCUUGACAUCCUUUCCCACCCAGCCUGGCACUGGGGCAGUGGAGGCCAGGAGGCUGUUGCCGCUGAUGUUUGGCCACUAACAGGUGGGAGUCUGCAUGUGUUCACAGGCGUGCUGACCGAAAUCUGAAUCGGCGCCCAAGUUAGCCUCACCUGGGGACCUCUUGUCCUGCCCGGAUGGAGCAGGGGCCACCCAGUUCAGUGUUUCUGGGGAGCUGGACGGUGGAAUGCAAAGAAAGGCUUGCUAGAACUUGAAGCCUGCUCCUUCCUUUGCUAUCAAGGCCUCCUUUUCUGUUUGAUUUGUCACUGCUUCAAUCAAUAACAGCCGCUCCAGAGUCAGUAGUUGAUGAAUAUAUGACCAAAUAUCACCAGGACUGUUACUCAAUGUGUGCCGAGCCCUUUCCUCGCGCCGGGCUCCCAUGUACCCUGACACUGUAACGUGUGCUGUGUCUGCUCUCCUCCCCUCCUCCCUCGCCCUCCCCUUGUCUUUCUGGGGUUUUUCUGUUUGGAUUUGGUUUGGUUUUUACUUCUCCUUUUAUGUUCCAAACACGAGGUUCUCUCUACUGGUCCUCUUAACUGUGGUGGUGUUGAAGCUUAUAUUUGUGUAAUUUUUGGUGGGUGAAAGGAAAUUUGCUAAGUAAAUCUCUUCUGUGUUUGAACUCAAGUCUGUAUUGUAACCAUGUGUAAAGUAAUUGUUCCAGAGACAAAUGCUUCUAGACACCUUUUCUUUACAAACAGAAGAAUUUGGAGGGAAGGGAUGGUGACUGAGAUGAGCGGGGCUGUCCUUUUGCCCCAGGAGGGAAUCCCCAAAGAGAUGACCCCUGUCCAGAUCAGCCAGAAGCCACCCAAAGAAGUUAAGCCCAAGCCAACGGACUGAAUAGCUAAUGUGUUGCCAUUUUUGAAGUCAGAGCAAAACCAGGUUUUGUUCUACCCACUGGAUUCUUUUUGCCCUUUUCCCCACCAAGAGUUACUAGCAUCAUUAUUAUUUUUAAGGACAGUCAAGGUUGAUGUUUCUGUGAGGGGAGCCAGGAGGGGCAUGGGCAGAACUGGCCUUGCCUUGGUGGGAAGGAGAUGGGGCGGGCCUGAGUAGCAGGGCUCAGACCUGGGUGGUCAUCUCCCUGGACACCUCCACUGUGGCCACAGGUCAGGUCUUUGUGGAUAGGGCAGACCGGCCACUCUCUGCCUGACACAACUCUUCAUGGCAGGCCCAGACGGUGGGCAUUACCAUUCAGGCCACCUCCCCUCCAUCCCACCCUGCCCUGCAGUGCACAGCCCGGGGACAUGGCGGCAGAGGGGGCUUGGCACUCUUUGCUGUCAUCCAAUCCCCAGCAAAGUUUGCACACAAAGAAACCCCUCCCCUUCCCAUGGCAAAGCAGAUCCUUCUCAGAGAAGCCAUUACCCCACCAGACAUUGGGGCUUAUGAAACAGGGACACCUGGUGGCCCCUCCUCUGAAAGGCAAGGAUAGUGCUGACUAGUGACUGUUUGCACAUGGGGUUUAGUAGCAGGAAGAACCAGUUCGGGUGGCUGCCCCUUCCCAAGUCACAGUGACACCGGCCACCCUGUGCAGAGGAAGCCAGCUCCAGCCCAGAAGCCCAGCUAAGGGUAGGGGAGGUGUGUGUGAGGCGUGGGGAGCUGCCCAGGACAGACUUGGCUGGAGAUGCCUCGAAAAGCCCUCUAUCGCAUUCACCUUCAGUUUUUGUGUUUUGGGACAAUUACUUUAGAAAAUAAGUAGGUCGUUUUAAAAACAAAAAAAUACUGAUUGCUUUUUUGUAGUGUUCAAAAAAGGUUCUUUGUGUAUAGCCAAAUGACUGAAAGCACUGAUAUAUUUAAAAAAAGGCAAUUUAUUAAGGAAAUUUGUACCAUUUCAGUAAACCUGUCUGAAUGUACCUGUAUACGUUUCAGAAACACCCCCCCACACUGAAUCCCUGUAACCUAUUUAUUAUAUAAAGAGUUUGCCUUAUAAAUUUACAUAAAAAUGU